CAGUCGUAGCACUCUACAUAACUUAGACAUCAUCUCGCGUUCUUCUUCUUUGAACAGCAAUCUUUCAUCGAGUUCGAUAGAAACGCAAAUCAUUUCAACCUUCUCCCCUCUCGAAGCACAUCAUCAUGUUUCGGACACCCCAAGACGAUUCCGAAAGCGACGAUGGACAAAGCCCCACUACGCAUGCCUUUAGCAUGAAUCAAACGUCCGGAUGCAAUUACAGAGCAUUCAAUAGAUCACCUCUCAAAACCCCAUUUCGUCUAAAGUGUGCCCCAACAUCUUCGACAUCGAGCUCAAGCUCAAGCUCAUCUUCGACAACUUCUAUAAUUUUUGACGAAGGUUUAACGAGAGCUGGGACACCGCUCACUCCAAACUCCGAGACACCCGACUCGAGCAAUGCGGGUAGGCCGAGGCUUCCAAGCCCUGGCAAAUUAUCGACCAGUUCGUUCGUGAAGAGAUGUGUGGAUACAAGCAAUACUCCGUCCGCUACGCCUGCUCCUGCAACAACUUCAACCACGAAGCGGGCCUUCCAAUAUUUGUCGGAUCCUGAUUAUGAGUUGCUGGUUGAGGGUGUGAAGAAACUCAGCGUUCAAGACGACGAGCAAGCCUCCAAUACCAGGGUCUCUCUAGGCUUGGAUAAAUCACCAGCUCCGGCCAGAAGACCACAAUUGAAGAAGAGCAGUCAUCAAUCUGUGCAAGGAGAUGAUGACUAUUCCGAGACGCCGACGAAGAAUGGCAUGUCAAAUCGCAAAAACAAACACCGAAAUACUUCUCGGACAGACGAAACGCCAUCGGCAGAGCCGAAGGCACAGCUUUCUCUCAACCUUGCAGGGGCAAGGGCCACUCCACGGUCCAGCAAGAGAAAGAGUGCAGAGACACCUUCUCUUGUUAUUACACAAAUCGACAGUAAAGACAAAGAAGUGGAUGCGGACAGCUCCAGCUCGACUGCUCAAAAUCUACCACACCCUGUUCAAUAUCGACAGAAAGCCACUCUAUCAGCUCCUCGAACUUCCCACAAACGCUCCUCGUCCGCUCCUGGUCCUCACAACAAAAGCAACAUCAUCACACAAGAUACCCCAAUCGCUUCCACAAGCCCAAAAAAUGCUUCACCGACACAGACGAACGAAACAGAUGCGACAGCCCCUCUAGCUCCGACCUGUUGUAGCCUUCGACGUCGUUCAACUGGUUCAAUUGUACAAGAACAUACUGUACUUCCAUCUAUUAGAUUUCCAAGCCCCGGGGAUGAUGAAGGAGUGCCUAGAGCAUUUCCCAAUGAACCCAUCAAUUUUUCAGAAGUUUGUCGCCAAAGCCCUUCCUCCGAGCCUCCCCAGAGAACGCCAGAGCUGCAUCCAGAUGAAACACGCAAGUCCCCAAAACUCGAACACAUGCAUCCGGAAAAGAAGAAUACAAACGAUUUGAAGAAUGAAAUUCUCCGUUUAAUCAGACGCCAAAGAGCCAAACCCGCCGCGGUGUCGACUUUAAAGCACGGUUAUGUAUACAUCUUCAAGUCCGAUAGAUUUCCAGGACACGUCAAAAUCGGGUCAACCGUCAAGGCACCAGGUAUUCGCAUCAAAGAAUGGGGCACGGCUUGCAAUUUCAAAGCUAUCCAAGUUACGGACAAGAACGAUACAGCUUUCAGGUUCUGUAGGAUCGUAGAGCAGAUCGUACAUGCAGAGCUAUACAACGAACAAAGAAAAUUCUAUUGCGAUAGGUGCAAAAUGAAGCAUAGAUUUACGAUGGCAGAAAGAGCGAAGGGGACGGGAGAAACUGAGCUGGAUGUUCGACCCACGGAGCAUGGGGAGUGGUUCGAGACCUCUGAAACUGAGGCCCUGAAAGUGGUGAACAAAUGGCGUGACUGGAUGAUCCAUCAAGAGCCAUACAAGGAAGAUGCAACGCUUCUUUCCUGCUGGAUCUGGAAGUACGACAUGGGGACAAAGUGGAUGAAAGGAACAGAAGCAGAAUGGGAGGCUUGGCGUCAGUUUGGAUGGCUUGAUAAAUUUCGGCUUAACUUGUAUGACCUCAACAAAUGGUUGGGAGAAGUUUCGCCGCUGCUGCAGAAGCUUUUGAAUUCUCCUGGGUCUGCCUUCGUGCUUGCUGCCGGCUUUUAUUUAGGGACCGUCGGAGUGAACUUGGCAAGCUGUCUGAAGGUCGCAAUUGUCUUGUUCUUGUAUCGAUUCAUGUGCUUCAAGUUCUGCUAGCCUGAAGCACGGGAUAUUUGCAAAUACAUCAAACCGAUAUAUCGUAUGCAGCC